UAAGGGAACUAUGCGGGAGCUCAACACAAACUUCCAGAGGCUGUUGCCAGCCGACAUUCCUGUUAAGAGGGAGGAACGCAUUACCGUUGCUCGAGACAUUAAGAGGUUCUACUUUGAAAAUCAACCUCUGGAAGAUUCAACCAUCGAAAUGUAUGCUGAUCUGCGCGGUGACAUCGUCUUCUAUUACCCUGCCCUUGUGGCGGCACGGGUGCAGUCUGCAGUCGCCGGAGCACAGCCGGUGUAUUUCUAUCACUUCGACGUCGUCACCGAUCUUAACAUGUCCAAGAAGGUCUUAACUAAAGAAGACAUUGCAGGAGCCUCUCAUGGCGAUGACGUCGGCUACUUGUUCUCGGGAGAAAUGUAUAAAGACGUACCCAAAGGACCAGAAACGGUGGAAGGAAAAGUGAUAGCGCGUAUGACCCGUAUGUGGACGAACUUCGCCACUAAGGGGAAUCCAACACCAGAUCCUGAUGAUCCCAUGCUACCUGUGACAUGGACUCCAUUCAAGAAAGACAAUCGCUACUACUUGAACAUCACAAAGGAUGGACUGAGUGUCGAGAAAGACCUGCACAAGGAAAGAAUGGAUUUCUGGGACAAGCUCUACAGACAGUAAAAGCAUGAUUGUGCUGAAGACAAACACCAUGAAUUGUGCUGCUACGCAUUGCAGCGUUAUUCCCUAGACUCAGAAGUAACUUAACUGAUUUAUUGAGUGCGGUAUCAGAUC